GCUGGAGGGAGAAGAGGAGGAAGAGGAAGUGGAGGAAGUCAGGCGAGAAGGAGGCAUGUCGCGAGGUGGCAGGGAUGAGGGGCACAGGCAAUCAGGCAAAAUGGCUGGACGACCCACAGGAGACAGACAGAUACGGCCCGGCAACACCGGGCACACAGCAAACCCUUAUUCGUCCAACCAUGGACCCACCCUUCAACAGCCAGCCAAUCAUCAGCAGCAGCAGAAGAAGCUGAGGGAGCGUAGCUCUAGCAGGGCGCCGUCAGAGGACGCCCACAUCGCCAUGAUGGUGUUCCGCAUCGGCAUCCCCGACAUCAAACAGACGAAGUGUUUGCGGUUCAACCCGGAUGCGACCGUGUGGAAGGCCAAGCAGCAGGUGCUGUGUUCUCUGACCGAUUCGUUGCGGGACGUGUUGAACUACGGCCUGUUCCAACCAGCCACCGACGGCCAUGACGCCAAGUUCCUGGAGGAGGAGAAGAUGCUGCGAGAGUACCCACAAUCCUUUGAGAAGGGUGUACCAUAUCUGGAGUUUCGCUACAAGACCAGAGUGUACAAACAGACCAAUCUAGAUGAGAAACAGCUGGCUAAACUGCACACUAAGGCCAGUCUGAAGAAGUUCAUGGACUACAUCCAAAGUGGCUCUGUGGACAAGAUGGCCAAGUUCUUGGACAAAGGGCUUGACCCCAACUACCAGGACCCUGACACGGGAGAAACCCCCCUGACAUUGGCGGUGCAGUGUGAGCCGGGGGGAGGGGAGGCCAUACGGGUGCUGGUGCUGGGAGGGGCUCAUCUUGACUUCAGGGCCAAGGAUGGACUCACACCACUACACAAGGCUGUCCGCAGCCACGGCCACACAGCCCUGCUGACGUUGCUGUCUCUGGGUGCAUCUCCGGACUAUAAGGACCGGCGGGGGCUGACCCCGCUCUACCACACUGUGCUGACAGGGGGCGACACCUCCUGCUGUGAGACCCUGCUCCAUCACCGUGCCAAGCUGGCCGUCAGGGACGAGAACGGCUGGGAUGAGACACACCAGGCCUGUCAGAAUGGCAACGCCCAGCAUCUGGAGCACCUUCUAUUUUACGGGGCAGACUCCACUUCCCAGAAUGCCUCAGGAAACACUGCCUUGCACAUUUGUGCUUUAUACAACAAGGACAGCUGUGCACGAAUUCUAUUAUACAGGGGAGCCAUUAAGGACACAAAGAAUAACAGUGGGCAGAACCCAUUUCAGGUGGCUGUCAUGUCCGGCCAUUUUGAGCUAGGAGAGAUUAUCAAAAACCACCGGGACACAAAUGUAGUACCUUUUCUUGAGUCUCCCAAAUACGCCCCUCAGAGGCGAGAGAGUGCGCCGCGGACCCUGGCACUGCCCCACCCUCACCCCUUCCUGCGUGCCAACAGUGAUAACAGUAUGAACCUGCCUGACUGGAUGGCACUGCCCAACGCACCAGGCUCCAACAUUGUGUCUGUACAGGGCUAUAAGCAUUCAGGUACCCUGCGUAGCUCCAGUAGUCCCCGUGGGGCGCGGACUCGCUCCCCGUCCCGAGGGAGAGCAGGGGAUAAGGAGGACAGGAGUCGGCAGAGUCGGAGGGCGGGGUCUGUCAGCAGCAGUGCGGUUACGGCAGCAGGGGGCCAGCGGAGGCGUCUCUACAGCGCCGUCCCAGGACGUGUGUUUGUGGCCACGCGCUCCCACUCCGCCCAGGGAGACAGAGAGAUCAGUAUCAGCAAGGGAGACAAAGUCAAAGGUAUGAAUAUGUGUGUGUUUGUGAGUGAGUCCAAGGUGUUUCCAGUGCUGAGUGUGGGCGAGGGAGGGUUCUGGGAGGGCACGGUUAAGGGACGGACCGGCUGGUUCCCCUCAGACUGCGUAGAGGAAGUGGCAGUCCGUAGCCAGGACAACCGCUCAGAGAGCCGCAGUGAGAAAGCCAAGAGACUGUUCCGCCAUUACACCGUGGGCUCCUACGACAGCUUCGACGCUCCCAGUGACUAUAUCAUCAAGGAGAAGACAGUGCUUCUGCAGAAAAAAGACAGUGAGGGUUUUGGCUUUGUGCUGAGAGGAGCCAAGGCUCAGACUCCCAUCGAGGAGUUCACCCCCACCCCAGCCUUCCCAGCACUGCAGUACCUGGAGUCUGUCGACGAGGGAGGCGUUGCCUGGAGAGCCGGUCUGAGAAUGGGAGACUUCCUCAUUGAGGUGAAUGGUCAGAAUGUGGUGAAGGUGGGCCACAGGCAGGUGGUCAACAUGAUCAGGCAAGGUGGAAACGCCCUCAUGGUCAAGGUUGUCAUGGUAACACGCAACCCUGACAUGGAGGAUGGCCAAAGAAAGAAAAUCCCCCAGCAGAGUAAAAGACUAAGCACCCCGGCCAUCGCUCUGCGCUCCAAAUCCAUGACCUCAGAACUGGAGGAGAUGGUGGAGAGAGCUGCUACCCCCUGGAAAAAUAAAUCUGAAUUUGAGUCUUCACAAGUUACAGAGAAGAAGAGGACAGUCUAUCAGAUGGCUUUGAAUAAACUAGAUGAGAUUCUGGCAGCAGCUCAGCAGACAAUCAGCACCACUGAGGGGCAAGGGACGCGGGGUCAGGGUACAAGGAGAGACAGGAGCCGGGGCUCCUUUUACGCCAACGAGCCAAAUUACGACCAAUCAGAAAUUGGGAUGACAGGGCUGGGCUAUGACCACGCCCAGUUCACAUCAGGCCACGCCCCCCCGCACGGUAUGCUGCGACAGAAAUCCAUUGGGGUGACUGAAGAGGAGAAGUCCCAUCUCAAUCCUCCGGCCAUGAAGUUUGCCCGUAGUCUCUCGGUUCCCGGCCCAGAUGACAUCCCCCCCUCCUCCGCCCCGCCCCUGGGCUGGAGAGGGGGCAAGUCUUCCCAGCAGCCCUCUGUGGCCGUGUCCCAGUCCACCUCCACGGCAGCCCACUACCAGCUCUACUCUCAGUCUGUGCACUUCAUCCACGGGGGCCGUGAAAGGGCAGGGGGCCCCAGCACCGGCCAGGGAGGCGGAGGGGUGGACCACACGCACCAGUACUCUAAUGCCCCCGCCCACUCCGCUCAGAGCAGGACUGCCUCUAGGAAAGGGGGCUACCCAGGGGAGCCUGUUGGAGCAGGAGGGGCAGGGGGAGGAGGGGGGGCCAAGGCUGCAGGUCUAAGGAGGGGCUACAGUAACGCCCCACCUUCCAGCGGUGCCACAGUGAUGCCCCAGCAGCAGCAGACCACCCAGAGCCAGCCGCAGCGGGCAGAGCGCAGUGCCGCGGGGGGGGCUGGAGAGGGGGUACCUAAAGGAGGGGGUGCACGGAGAGGGAAGGGCCCCCUAGUGAAGCAGUCCAAGGUGGAGGACCUGCGGGCUAGCCAGGGCACGCUGGGGGGCAAGGCCCCAGUGGAGAAGAGCUCCAUCCCCAUCCCCACCAUCAUAGUCAAGGCCCCCUCCAUCAGCAGUGGCAGUGGCCGAAGCAGCCAGGGCAGCAGUGUGGAUGCCGAGCCCACCCCACCAGGGGAGACUGACAGAACCCAACCCCUCCACGGACCCCCUUCCACCCCAGCCCCGCAACCCCCUGCUCCCCCCUCCAUCCCGGCCCCUCCACCCCCCUCCCUCCGAGGCCAGGAUAGUGACUUCACCAGCCAGUUUGGGGCGGCCAUUGUGGGCGCAGCACGCCGGGACAGGGAACGCUUCCAUGAGGCCCGCAGGAAGAGCGCCUCCAUCUUCAUGUCUGCCGAGGAGGAGGUGGGGCCAGGGGGAGGAGGGGCAGGCAGGACUCAGGCCUCCCAGCAGCAGCAGUUCAGCCCCCAGCCUGGUGGCCCCUCCCCACGCCUCCGGCCUUCCAAGUCCAUCGACGAGGGCAUGUUCUCUGGAGACACCUUCAUCCACCACACCCGCAGCAUGCCCCCUGCCUUCGGCCUGCCGGAGUACUCCUCCCCGGCUCCAGACUACCAGCCCAAGUCUGUUCCGGCUGACUUCUACGGUGCGUCAGGCCGGCAGCAGCAGCAGGUCCCCUCUGGCACCACCUUCAUCCACCCCCUGACAGGAAAGGUCCUGGACCCCUCGUCCCCCCUGGGCCUGGCCCUGGCUGCCAGGGAGCGCGCCCUGAAGGACGACGGCAAGAUGAGGAGGGAGAGAGGGGCCGAGCACCAGUUUGGACGACAGAUGUCCAGUGUGGUGGCAUUCCCCCCCCAGGCAACCUCCCCCACGCCGGCUUCCUCAGACACCCAUUCCUCCAGCUCCUCCUACCUGGUCACCUCCUCCUCCCUAGCCGCCACCACCUCCUCCACUGGCCGACCCCCCUCCCCCAGGAUCCUCAGGGGUGCAGGUUGGGGCGAGGAGGGGGGAGGAGGGGAGCGAGAGAGGGAGGGUGGCGGGGCCAGAGAGGGGCUGAGGGUGCGCUUCUCUGAGGACAAAACAGUCCACACGCAUCACUACCAGUCCCAGCACUACCAACCAACCUACAGGGAGGAAAGACAGAGGGAGAGGUCAAGAGAGAGGGAGAGGUCGAGAGAAAGAGAGCGGGACAGAGACCGGGACAGAGCGGGGUACAUGAGGCAGCAGACAGCCCCUACCCAGCAGCCCCCUCAGCCGUCGUCCCAGCAGUCUCGCCCGCCCUCCUUUCUGAGGAUGGAGAGUGAGGCAGGUGCCUACAUCCUGUCUCUCACCCCUCCAUCUCCCCCUGCUACAGCCGCCCCAUCUCACCCUCAGGGGGGAGGGGGUUCUGCGGGCAGUGGCCUCAUGGUUCUGCCGCCCCCUGCCCCCUCGGUGGAUGUGGAUGAUGAGUUUGUCUUUGCGGACCCACUGCCCCCUCCCCUGGAGUUUGCCAACAGCUUUGACCGGGGUAUGGGUGGGAUGUCAGGGUACACACACCGCGCCAUUAUCAACAACCUGGCCUCCCGCCAGCAGCAGCCCCCACCGCCUCCCCCUCCUCCCCCACCGCCCCUUCCAAAAGACAUGUUUAUCAGCGGGUUCCCGGCCCACAACCCCCUACCCUCCCCACAGGCGGGGGACUCCACGACCUCCAGCCUUACCUCCUAUGACAGUGAGGUGGCCAACCUGACCCAGUCAGGAAACUCCCCCCACUCAGACAUCACCCAACCCCUCCCUCCACCCUCACCCUCCGGCCUCCAGCCCACAGGACCUCCGCCUCCCCCCUCUGUCUCUCCCCCACCCAGCUCCUUCCACAGACCCUCCCUUGCCAUGACCCACUCUCACCACCUCUACAACAGCACGCACACCGGGCGCUCCUCCCCUUCCCAUGGGCGUUCCUCCCCCACUCCUCCUCCCAAAGGGCGCUCCUCCCCCACUCCUCCUCCCAAAGGGCGCUUCUCCCCCACCCAGGGUCGCUCCUCCCCCACCCAGGGUCACCCCUCCCCCAUCCAUAGGAGCUCAUCCUCCACUCCUCCUCCCCACUCCAUUGCAGGGCCCCCAUCCUACCGUGGUCCCCCUCCCAUCUCCUCCACCGCAGCCUCCUCUGGCCCCUUCCGGGGCUCUGCAGCCCUGACCUCCACUGCUACCUGUGCCACCACUGCUGCCACCACCACAAGGACCUCAGUCCAGCCCCACCAGGACAGGACACACCCAGCCCCCUCUGGUUCUACAGCGGCCGGCCGCAGAAUAGGGGAGCACCACCCUCACCCCACAGCCAAGGCAGGGGAGUCCCAGGAGACGGUGGUGGACUCUGGGAUAGAGGAGCUGGACAGCCGCAGCAGCAGUGACCACCACCUAGACAACAUCCUGGCCAUGAGCGGAGGAGCUAGAGAGAGGCUGGAAGAGAGGCUAGAGAGAGGGAGGGAGGGAGGAGGGAUGGGAGGAGUAGGGGAGGGAGGAGCAGACCUCCUGGAGUCGUACAUGAGCUACCUGGACGGACAGACGUUUGACAUGCACAACACCACGGCCGCUGUCUCCACCUACCCCAAAUCAGGCAGGUUCAGGGAGGGGGGCCGCGCAGCCGAACUACGCAGAGAGACCAGUACGGCCCCGCCCUCCUUCCAGUCACACAGACGGAGGGAGGAGGAGGAAGAGGAGGAGGAGGGCGAGGAAGGAGAGGAGGAGGAUGACGGAGGACGGGAUGGUUAUGGGAAGACACAGAAUUUGGGGCGUCCCACCUCGCCCUACUUUGACCGGCCCCGGACCCCUGAGAUGAAGCCUCUGUGGGGGUCAGAGGGUCAGUUAGUAGGGGAACAGGGGGCCUACCUGGAGGCCAGGAGGCUGUACCCCCCCAUGUCCAGCAUGAAGGCCAGCAUCAUCAAUGAGCUCAGCAACAAACUGCAGCAGAGAGGAAGCCAGAGAUCGCUAAGUAGACACAGAAACAGGUUUUCAGAGGACUCCGCCUCGGCCCUGAGCCCCCCCUCAGUUCGUUCCCUGUCCCCCUCCCCUAUCCACCACUCCCAGCCCGCCCUGUCCCUGUCCCCCACCCCUUCCUCCCAGUACCCCAACUGGAACCGUCCCCCGUCCCCCCAGCCCCCUGUGGCUGCCGUACAGCCCCCUCCACGCUCCCACUCCCCCAUGUCCUCCCCCACCUACUCCCCUUAUCCCACCUCCCCUAAACACCGGCCUGUGUAUCGCACCAAAGCCCUGGAGUUCCAGUUCAUUCCAAGUAGAGAGUCCAGGAAGGCAGAGUCCCACCACCUGCAGCGUAGGCGAGCCCCCAGUCCCCUCAUAUCCCCCUCAGAGAGGCCCAAACUGGGUCCACCCCGCCCCUCCUCCCUCCCCCUCCUCCCUACCACACCCCUCUACAGCAGCCUCUACGAGCUCCGCGGCUCCAUCACCCCUCCCUCGCCCGCUAACCACAUGGGUGACCCCUACUUCUCCCCCUCCCCUCCUCUCUUUGCCCCCUCUGGCGCCCCUCCUCCCCAAACGCCUCCCUGUUGGUGUCUCGCUCCCUCUCCCCCACCCACUUUCUAUCUGCUACCCUCACCUCCCUCCCCCUCCCCCUCCAAGCCCUUUGCCUCCAAGCCACUGCCUUAUUGGACCAAAUAUGACGUGGCUGAUUGGCUGGGAUACCUGAACCUGGGCGAGCACAGGGAGCAUUUCCUGGACAACGAGAUCGACGGCACUCACCUGCCCUCCCUCACCAAGGAGGACUAUCUGGACCUGGGGGUGACGCGCGUGGGACACCGCAUGAACAUUGAACGUGCUCUGAAGAGAGUGACUGACAGGCUCUCCAGCUCUCCUUUUCCCAUUUCUUCUCUGUCACCACGAGGAAGAAGGGAUGAUGGGAGUCGGAGCUGAGAAGACAAACAGAA